ACUGUCGCCAAUCGCCGCCAUGGAUGCAUGCACGUGUUAAAGUUGAGCUAAUCCAGCGUUACAAAUACGCUUUCCCUUCUCCUUCUCCUUCUCCUUCUCACCUGUUCGUAUUAUUCACCGAGUUCACAAAUUUGUUUCGGCUUCCCAAUCCAUUGUAAUCAUUCCUUCCCUUCUUAGGAAAAAACCGGAUUCUCCGACUCCGUCUCUGCACCCAAGAAAAUUCAUAAUUUUAAUUUUCAAAAUUCCUUCGAGACAAUCAUUCCCCCAUAUUAUAAAAACGUUCUCGAAAUUCAGGUUUGGGAUUUGAAUUGAUAGAAAGGUUUCCUAUAUCAUAAAUCUCUCUGCUGCUGCUUGCUCUGCAUUUCCGCCCUCCGAAGCUCCCAUGGCAUUCCUUAAUCCGGUUCGCGAGUGACUGCUCUUCCGUCUUCUCCUCUGUCAGUGGAAGAAGAUCUGAUGAGACGUGAAAGUCUUGGAACAAACACUCUGACCUCAAUCCUGUGGAUCUUUUUACUGCUGUGGUGAACAUUCACAAUGGAAGACCAUGGAAGCAACAAGUUGACUGGUAUCUGGCAUAUUGUUAGGCUAAAGGAAAUACUCCAGAAGUGGCAAUCGAACGCGCUUGGCUCAAAGGUAGACGGUCAAUGUUCUAGUCAAACUCAUGGGGGCAUUUCACCCGCAAUUAGUAAGAGGAUAGCAGAAGUCAAAUGUUGUGAUUCGGAUGAGGAGAGCUGCCAGAGCCCUGAACCACCGCCUGAUGUCCCCAAAGGAUAUUUGGCGGUUUAUGUUGGGCCGGAGCUUCGGAGGUUUAUCAUUCCCACUAGAUAUCUUAGCCACUCUUUAUUCAAGGUAUUGCUGGAAAAGGCUGAAGAGGAGUUUGGGUUUGAUCACUGCGGCGGGCUGACUAUCCCAUGCGAGAUUGAGACCUUUAAGAUUCUCCUGAAGUGCAUGGAGAACCACCAAACGGAUCACCAUGAUGUCUCAGUUGAAGAUUCAUUAGGCACAGAAGAAUAACGAACGGAUCAUAGUGUUCGAGAUUUUAGGGCUGAUUUCCAUAUGUAAAGCAAUAUCUCCUUUGUAUGCAGAUAUGUUUUCAAUUUUCAACCACUAAGAUAGGAUACUCUAUUUAGAAAAUUUUCUUAUGUGUUUGCUGAAUUUGUUGUUGGGUGUUGUAAAAUUUGACAUUGCCUUCCUCUAAUUGGAAGCUUGAUCAGCAUCUGAUUGUUAAAUGAACUUGAUAGUGUUUCCAACAGAAGAUUCUGAG